AUGAAGUCUUCUCUUGUCAUGCUCUCGGCCGCCUUCGGCCUGGCCGCCGCUGUGCCUCGCCAUAACCACCAUGCUCACCACCAACACCACCAGGAAAUGAAGCGUGACGCUACUGUGACCGAGAACGUCGACGUCUACGUCGCUGGACCCACUGUCGUCAUGUACUCGCUCAAUGGCAACAUCAUCUCCGAGGCUGAUGUCCUUGAGGGCAUCAAANACGGUACUCUUGUCUGGGCUGACGGCGCUCCCUCCCUAGCCGCCCCCUCGUCCUCGGCUGUGCCCUCGACCUCUUCUAGCGUCGCCGCUCCCAGCACCACCCUGUUGACCUCGACCUCGUCCAGCUCUGCACCAGCUUCCACCUCGACCAGCGUCUCGAUCAGCACCAGUGUUUCCUCUUCCGCGCAAAGUGCAACAUCCUCUGCCGCUUCAUCUUCAUCCACUGGCCUGGACACUUCUUUCCCCGAUGGAGAGAUCGACUGCUCUGAUUUCCCCUCCGACUACGGUGCCGUCUCUCUUGACUACCUGGGUCUCGGUGGCUGGACUGGAGUUCAAUCACCCGGUUUCGGAAGCUCCCUCCUUGGAAUGCUCAACAUCAAGACCGUCACUCAUUCGACCUGCGGUGGCAGCAACUGCUGCUCCGAUGGCAUGUACUGCUCAUACGCCUGCCCUGCUGGUUACCAGAAGGCUCAUUGGCCCACUACUCAGGGCUUGACUGGUCAGUCCGUUGGCGGCCUUCUCUGCAAGAACGGCAAGCUCUACAAGACCAACCCCAACCACGACACUCUUUGCAUCACUGGUUCUUCUGAGGUCACUGUCCUUGUUCGCAAUGAGAUGUCCUCAAGUGCUGCUGUCUGCCGUACCGAUUACCCUGGAACCGAGAGUGAGACUGUGCCUGUUACCGCCAACCCUGGCAGUGUUGCAAACCUGACUUGCCCUGAUGCUACCUACUACGAGUGGACUGGCAAGACUACCUCUGCUCAGUACUAUGUCAACCCCGCUGGAGUCUCGGCCGAGGACGGCUGCCAAUGGGGACAUCCCUCAAACCCUUGGGGAAACUUUGCUCCUCUCAACCUUGGUGUUGGUUACUCUAACGGUGCUGCAUGGCUUGCAAUCUUCCAGAACGCUCCUACUACCGACGAAAAGCUCGACUUCACCGUCACUAUCGAGGGUGACAACAUGAGCGGCUACUGCAGAUACAAGGAUGGACAGUACUGCAGCGGCAAGAAUUACGACUCUUGCAGCUCCACCACUGGAUGCACCGUGAGUUUUGCUUCUUCUUUCAAAAAUGCCCUUUUACUAAUAUUGUGA